ACCAAGCAUAUCAAAGCUUUCUCUGUUUGAAAACUUCCUUCUUGGUAUUUAUUUCAAGAAAAUUUCAAAACCAUGGGUUUCCGGUUGCCUAGUAUUGUACAUGCUAAGAAAAACCAAACACCUUCAAAGUCCUUAGAUGUCCCUAAAGGCUAUUUUGCAGUCUAUGUUGGGGAGAGCAAGAAGAAGAGGUUUGUGAUCCCAGUAUCAUACUUGAACCAGUCCUCUUUUCAAGAUUUGUUAAGUCUAGCAGAAGAAGAAUUUGGGUAUGAUCAUCCAAUGGGAGGUAUUACAAUCCCAUGCAGUGAAGAUGCCUUCCUUGAUCGCACCUCCAGCUUCAGUGUAUGAGCAGAAGCGAGCCUCCAUAUAUAUACACAAUUUUCACACCGGAGGUUGCAGGUGUACAAAGGAGCACUUGUCUACCCAGCUAACUUGAAAGGUCUAUCUUCCAGUGACAUGAUGAUAUCCUUUGAUGGGAGCGGCCUUUAGCAAUCACCAAUUAGAACUUCAAAUGCUAGUGAGCUGAGGAGAAAAUUGCCAGCCUAGUGGACAUAAAUUCCCUGACAUGUAUUUUUAGAAGAAUAUAAUGACCUAUAUUACUUUGAAUUUGAAAGAUGGCAAGACAUUUAUUUUCACCCCCAUGUACUCUGUUGUCCUGCAAGGAAACUUGAGAUUAGAAUA